CCGUGAUUCAUCACCAUACAUGUCGCCAUCUAAGAUGAUACCUACUCAUGUCCUUUUGGAGUCAACUCCCCGUCUCGAUCAACUUGCGACCUCAAUAGACCUGCGCGGCAGGAAGCGUGUUCCUGUAAAGGAGGACACGACAUUGUACAUAUACGACAUGCCCGAGCAGUGUGCGGAUAUGGUCACAGAGAUACACUCCAUAAGAUCUGCUAUUGAAGCUGCAAUCGAUUGGGCCGACAUUCAAAAGCCUACGGUCCUUCCGCAAUUCUUCCGCAUGACCUCAGGUGUUAUCAAGGUCAAAGAAAACCACACGGUUAUUAUCAAAGCGGUGGGAGAUCCUGAAGACCUGGCGGAAGCGAGGCUGAGAAGUUGGCCUUUGUUUCAAGACGAAUCUGUCACAGAAACGAAGCCACUCUCAAGUUUGGCUUUGAUCCGCCCGCUUGAUUCCACACAGUGCCUCCAAUACAACACAGAACGUCGGAAAGCGAAUGAAGGAAGCAGAUAGCAACACCCGCUGACGUAUAAGCGCCUCAAUAAACUUUGAGUUCUGGUCAAUAUCGUCAUAACCGCGUGGAUUUUGAGAGUUUCGCAAGAAGUAAUUACAAAAGCGAACCCAAGGUAGAUAAUUCUGCAUAUCGCACAUAACAUUCGCCGAUUCUU